UUCGACUUAUCGUUCGUUCUGCCCUUCCCUUGUAGGCAGUCGGACAUGUUUUAUUGUGGCACUGGCCAAAUUUCGGUGGAACAAGCCUCUUUCCCUUCGUUUUACUGCCAAAGCGACGUAGACGAGGAGUUUCUACUUGGGAGUGCACACAAGUAUAAGCCAUGGCUGGUCCUGUCAGUCUGGAGCUCGAUCCCAUCUUCCUGAAGGGUCUGAGUUACCUGCACUCCAAGAGCAAAGAUUCAGCUGAGAAGCUCAAAGCGCUACUCGACGAGUCCCUUUCCAGAGGCAGCGACACAUCCUAUCGCUUGGUACAAAAAGAUCUGGAGGUGUCCAAGGGGUCAGUGUCAAAACUUAGCUUCAGCAAGCAGGACUCCAAAUCCUCUUCCAGCUCCUCCUCCUCCAGCAUAGGCAGCAAGUCCAGCUCCGAAAAGAGCAAGAAGGAUGCCGAUCGAAGAUCUUCUGACAAGGUGAGGGUUGACUUUGGUGACGUGGACCUGCCGAAAAAGCCUCGCUUAGAGAAACCGGAUCGCUCGUCGCCAGUUACCGUACAGACGAGCAAAGACCUCCUGCCAAAUAUCAACGACUACGACGAAACCAACGCUGAUGACUUUGCCAUGGAGAUGGGCCUGGCGUGCGUAGUUUGCAGACAAAUGACAGUGUCCAUGGGGAACCAGCUGGUCGAGUGCCAGGAGUGCCAUAACUUGUAUCAUCAGGACUGCCACAAGCCUCAAGUGACAGACAAAGAAGUCAACGACCCCAGGCUGGUGUGGUAUUGUGCUCGCUGCACCAGACAAAUGAAGCGUAUGGCCCAAAAGCCACCGCAGAAGCCAUCGCCGGCCUCCGCCUCGUCAGCACCGGUCGUGAUCAAAGACACUCUGGUGAAAAAGACAGAACUCAAAAGCAAACCGGACACUGCGAGCACCUUUCAGGCCUUCAAACGGACUGAAGUGAAGACUUCCGCAACGUCAGCCACUCCCACCAGUAACAACUCCUCCUCGUCAGGCAGCGGUCUAACAGGCUGGGCUGCGUUUGGCGCGAAAACAAGCCCAUCGCUUCCCGUCACCUCCAAAUUGGGUUCCUCGGGACCAAGCGGGAGCAACAAGGCAAUGACUACUCCACCCGGCCAGAAACCGGUCGGUCUUUCCGGUCUAGCCGGAACCAAGUCCGGACUCGGAGCGGCCAAGGUAUCCGGGAGCGGCAAUGGAAAUGGCUCCAGCCAGGUCACUCUGAAACCACCGCCCUUGACCCUGGGCAAGCAGCCACUUAAUCGUUCAUCGAGUAGCGAGAGCCAGGGGAAGGGUUCCGCCUUGUCAUUGGGAGCGAGCUCACCAGGCAGCUCCCAGGCCAGUCCAGGAGGUAGUGGCGCAGGCGGAAAUAAUAACGGAGGAAGUAAUGGAAACAAUGGGAAUGGGUCCAAGGUUCCACCGGGGGAAAAAGCGCCGACUUCCCAAGAGUCCCAGCUCAACGCCAUGAAGCGCUUGCAGCUGGUGAAGAAAAAAGCAGCACAGAAAAAAAUUAAGAAAUAAGCAGAGCUAGUCAAGCCCUGUCAUGGCUUCCACGCAGUACAGUUCUGUUCACUUUGGGACAUCGCUGGAGUGUUUUUGAUUUUCCGUUGUCAAGAGUUGGGAAAGAGUACCUUAAAUAGCCAGUCCAUACCGUACCACUUUUUCAGCUUAACACACUGUCCGUUAAUCAAUCGAAGGCGCGUCAUUUCGGUGCAGCAGGAGGACUGUAACGGCAAGGACCAAGACGGAAAGCCGUUGUUUCUUCUACCAAUGAUGCAUUUCUGCAUCACAUUCUUCCGUCUUUGUCGCACCGCUCUUGAUACAACAAUUCAUAUCGACAGACUAAUCUCACCGUUCCACCUACAGACUGCAGUGGAAACACAAAGCGGAUAAGGAUUCAGCACUCUAAACCAUACUGUCGCUCAACCGAACUGAACUGUACCACUUUCUGGAAGCGCGACUGAUGGAGGGUCAACCUCUGCAGAUGUCGUGCCAGAGUGUUGUCGGUCAUCUUUUGUCUGUAGCGUGAGAGUUUAUAUUCUCAUACUUGAAUCUUACUUUGUCGAAAUUCUGCUGCUCUGCUGUGCUUCAUCCUGUCCCAACUCAUUGAGCCUGAGGUGAAGUGUCCGUUUUUUAGUUUGUUUUUUUU